UUAUUUUUACAAAUUAAGAAAUAAAAUAAAAUAAAAAAAUUAAAAACAGCUAUUACGCCUUUAAUGUACUUUCCAGCGUGAAGGUUGCGUGUUUCUCCUUUCCACCAGGAGAUGGCGCUCAAACAACAAGCGCCCCGUUAAACAAACACGCUGAAGAAGCAGAGUGACUCAAAUGGAGGUGGUUUCGUUUUAGUCGCCUAAAAGAAAGCGAACGGUUCGUUGUGUUAAGAUUUUUUAUUUUUUUUUUUUUAAAUCUCAUAGUUAUUAUUAAGAGUACGCUACUAUGGAGAACGGCGAGUGCAGUGGCCAGGUGUCCACAGAGCCUAUCAGGACUCAUGAUUUUUCCGAGAAGGUUUUGGAGCAGAUGGUGCAUUUCCAUGUGAUGAAGCUCACCGGGGGUUUUUUCCUCUGGGUCGGCACCAGUCCUGUCCUUUCAAACCUGGCGGUUUCGAUGAACAGCAGAUUUGACUCCAUGCCUUUGUCUACUCUGGUACUGGGAGAUUCAUCAGACACGACCCCAACUUCCCUAGCACAGAGACUGACAAAGAAGACCAAGAAGCAGGUGUUUGUGAGUUAUAAUCUUCCAGUAACCGACUCCAAUUUAACGAUGUUAGUGGAGAACCGAAUAAAAAAGGAGAUGGAGCUCCACCCUGACAAAUUUUAACUUCUUUCUACUGUGUAUUUUUCAACGCUGCAUGUUUUGUACAUAGUUGAACUAAUAAAUGUUAACCAAAUACUCGUC